AUGGCUGAUGGGAAUCAAGGAUGGUGGCACUCACAUUACAGAUGGGUGGUCAUGGUCAUCGUGCUGGUAAUCGCUUUUGGCCUGAUUGCCGCCUUUGGAGUCUGGUUCAGACGCCGCCGUGAUACCAAACGAGGUCUACAGCUGUACGGCAAUCCGGUGAGCGGCGCCGGGCCCCUUCAAAGCUCCGGCAUCUUGAGCACAUCUGGCGUGUUACCGUCCAACCAAUCGCUGCCCCCGUCCCAGACGCGCAGUCUGCCGACCAACUCUGUCGCUAGCUCUCGUACCAAUUUCGCCCCGCCCAAGUCUGUUACAUCCGGGAAUCAUCGAUUACAGAAACAAAGCCCUGCGGCCGCUGUGGAUUUUCGAAAGGUGGAGACUCAACAAGUCCCACCACCAUAA